AUGGCACUGCGUUGUCCGCGCACCGGUGGGCGCCGUCCGGACAUUAGAGACGAAUCGUCGCGCCCAAGGAAAUUAUUCGCACUCUUACUGUACGCUCGUCCCCCCCCCCCUCCCUCCACCCACCUCCUCUACACGGAAUACAGAGGAGUGAAUCCUGGUGUGUCCCCACCCCAAAAAAUGUCGGAGGUCCUAACAAGGUCCUCCGGUCACUACGCUAUCCUCCAACAGGAGCGCGUCCGUAUUGGAGGAACGGAGGAGCAGACAAUGGAGCACCCACGGACCCCGGAGCAGCGCCUGGGAUUUGCUCCUGGGUGGAUGGGGGUUGUGCCGGUUGCAAUCGCUGGUUGGCCGCUCGGCAAGUGUCCACAUCUCCUCAGGUACGGCCGGAAGAGUCCCAGCGAGAAAACAGCCGGGAGAGUGUCUCCCCCAUCCCCCCCAGUCCGGUCUGCGGCGUGCUCUUGCUCUCAAUUGUUGCCCGCUUUGGCUUAG